AUGGUUUCUUUCACUCUACGGGCCAUUGGUGCCUGCCUGGUUGGUCUUCCAGCUUUGAUCACCGCUGCUCCGACCUCACACGUCGCCGGCAGCUUCCAGGUCGUUGAACAGCUCCAUGAAGUUCCUCAGGGAUGGGUUCAGGGUGUCGCUCCAGCUCCCACCACCCCCCUGAAGUUCAAGCUUGCCCUCCAGCAGGAUAAGGCUUCCGACUUCGAACAGCAUGUCAUGGACAUCUCCAACCCCAAGCAUGCUCGUUACGGCAAACACAUGACUCGCGCUGAGGUCGACGCUUUCCUCCAGCCCCCAGCCCAUAUGACUGACGCCGUUUACAGCUGGUUGGCUGCUGAGGGUAUCUCCAAGCCCUCCGUCAAGGUCAACACCGACUGGUUCACCUUCACCACCACCGUCGAGAAAGCCGAGAAGAUGUUGAAUACCCGCUUCUACAAAUUCAAGAACACCGUCGAUGGCAGCCAAGUGAUCCGUACUCUGCAGUAUUCCGUCUCCGACUCCGUCGCUCCAUACAUCCACAUGAUCCAGCCAACCACCAAGUUCAGUGCUCCUCGCCCAGAGUUGAGCAGCGUUUUCACCUCUGAGCUCAAAAUCACCUCCGCUCAAGAUGUCGACUGCAAUGUCACCAUUACCCCAGACUGUAUCCGAGACCUUUACAAGAUGGGCAAGACUUUUGCUAAGCCAGACCCACGAAACAGACUUGGUAUUUCUGGAUACCUCGAGCAGUACGGCAGACUCGAGGACUUCAGCACCUUCAUUGAUAUGUUCGUUCCUUCCUUGAAGGGAACUACCUUCGACUUCAAGUCCAUCAAUGGCGGACAAAACCCACAAAACUCUUCCCUUGACAGCGUUGAGGCGAGUUUGGAUGUCGACUACGCUAUCGGUUUGUCCGGUGCUCUCUCCACCUACUAUGGCACCGCCGGACGAGGACAGCUGAUCCCAGAUCUCGACCAACCCAAUGCCACCGACAACAACAACGAGCCCUACCUCGACCAGCUCCACUACCUGCUCGAACUCUCUGAUGAGGAUCUCCCAGCCGUUCUGUCCACCUCCUACGGCGAGAACGAGCAGAGUGUUCCCAAGAAAUACACCGAUUCUGCCUGCCACUUGUUUGCCCGUCUCGGUGCCCGAGGUGUCUCCGUUAUCUUCAGCAGUGGUGACACUGGUGUCGGCAGCGCUUGCCAGAGCAACGAUGGCAAGAAGACCACCAAGUUCAACCCCAUUUUCCCCGCUGCUUGCCCAUGGGUGACCUCCGUAGGUGGUACCCACCAGAUCAACCCUGAAGUCGCCAUUCACUUCUCAUCUGGUGGCUUCUCUGAACGUUUUGCUCGCCCUUGGUACCAGGAGUACGAUGUUAGAAACUAUCUCCACAAGGAGCUCGCCCCUGGAAAGUGGCAGGGCAUGUACAACCCCCAGGGACGUGGUUUCCCUGAUGUCUCUGCUCAGUCAUACAAGUUCGCUACCCGCGACCACGGAAGGACUAUUGGUGUCUCUGGAACUAGUGCCUCCGCUCCUCUCUUUGCUGGUGUCGUCUCUAUCCUCAACUCCGUCCGUCUCGCCCACAACAAGCCAAAACUCGGCUUCUUGAACCCAUGGCUUUACACUGUCGGCCGUGGCGGAUUCACCGACAUUGUCCACGGUGGAUCCGACGGCUGCACUGGAACUGACCAGUACAGCCAUCUUCCUACCCCAUUCGUCCCAGGCGCUAGCUGGAAUGCCACCCGCGGUUGGGAUCCAGUUACUGGGCUGGGAACUCCAAACUUUGAGAAACUCUCCAAGUUGGCCCUCCUAUUUUAA